AUGGAUAUUGGUAAGAAGCGCGACGCAGACUUGACGGCUCCAACGCCGCAGAACACGCCCCAGACGAAUGCGCCCAUUCAGCGCGAGCGGCUUACGCGACCGACGGUCAGUACAAUCGGUGAAGAGGACGAAGGAGCGUCGGGUAUGGCUGCAGCGGCGCUUCCGAACGCAGCACUGACGGGCAUGAUCCAGGAUCGUCUGUCCAGCUUGGUCGGUCAGUCAUCUGGAUAUAUUGAGGCGUUGCCAGAAGAGGUGCGCCGCCGGGUGGAAGGACUGAAGGGUCUGAAUGUGCAGCACCAGAAACUCGAGGCACAAUUCCAGCGCGAGAUCCUUGCGUUGGAAAAGCGGUUCGCCAAGCUUUAUGCCCCCCUCUAUGACCGACGCAAGCAAAUUGUACUGGGUGAGGUGGAACCGACGGCGCACGAAGUAGAAGAAGGCGAGGCUACGGACAAGCUGGACGAUGACGACGACGAGGAUGACGACGAGGAAGGUGAUGGCGAUGACGGUGUCGACCAGAGCCGCAAGUCGCUCGCGAACAUGUCGAUUCGGACAGAUGCACCGAAGGGCAUUGCUGAGUUCUGGCUCACGGCGCUCAAGAACCAUGUGGCACUCUCGGAGCUGAUUACAGAGCGCGACGAGGGUGCACUGCGUCACUUGAUCGAUGUGCGUCUGCGGUACUUGGACAGCGCCAGUGAAGACGGCGCCGGUUCUUCUUCAUCGGCUGCUGGUGUGCCCGCCCCUGGUCAAGUGCAGCAAGGUUUCCAGCUGGACUUCUCGUUUGAUGCCGACAAGAACGAGUACUUCAAAAACCCCGUGCUUACCAAGACGUACUUCUACCAGGACCAAGUAGGCUUUACUGGGGACCUUGUGUACGACCAUGCCGAAGGCACGUCUAUUGAUUGGACGUCGCCCGAGAACAAUCUCACUCAUCGCCUCGAGACGAAGAAGCAGCGCAACAAGAAUACCAAUGAGACGCGCACAGUGAAGCGGUUGGUACCAACGGAUUCGUUCUUCAACUUCUUCUCGCCACCAAAGCCGCCGCGCGAUGAUGAUGAGGACGAGGCCGACGAGGACGAGCUGGACUCAUUGGAAGAGCGGCUUGAACUUGACUAUCAGAUUGGUGAGGACUUGAAGGACCGCAUCAUUCCUCAUGCCAUUGACUUUUUCACUGGCAAGGCAUUGCAGUAUGAGAACCCCGAUGAAUGGGACGAUGACGAUGCGUUCGACGACUAUGAUGAUGAUGACGAUGAAGAUGGCGAUGACGACGAUGUGCGUGCGCAAGCGGUUGGCGGCAACGCCUCCGCGGAACGUCAGAAUCCGCAAGAAUGCAAGCAGCAGUAA